UCCACACAUGCAAAUACCAAGAGGCUGUAAACGUUUGAAUACCAGGGUGAUCAAAUUAUCGUGUACAUGGAAAGGAUUGGUUCCUCAAAAUAGGCAUUGGGGGUGUCAGCUGCUUAUAGAGCUAUAGUGGCGCAGUUACUUAGCAUAUACUCUCACAUGUGCAGCACACCUGUACAACGUACAUAUUACUUGUAUACAUCAGAGGCUUAAAUGUGUGAUAUGACUUGUGAGGCAUCAGUCUCUGCUAUAUACUUCAUUAUGGUAACAUUUUAAUUAUGUGAAUCAGAUAUCAGAUAUGGAAGUUUGAUGAGUACAGGUGGUGAAUAAAUUACCUGUGGAUUUUUACCUGGUGUAUACAAACAUCUGUAGAAUCAGCACACCAGAAACAAGAAAACAUGGACAGGAGACAAGACUUUACAGGAGUAGCUAUAGAUCCUACAUUUCAUGUAAACAGUCAACAAGAUGCAGAUGGCAGCAGAUACAGGUCCGAUAAUGGUGACUUUGAAAGUCAUAUGGGGCAUCCAAACUCACGUUAUUCUAGCAGUGAAGGGGGAGCUACACUGGUACGAAGACGAAAGUCGUCGCGUCAUCACGGUCAAGAUGGUCAAUAUGAAGACUGGGAUGAGGAGGAGUCCAACAUGUUACCAAGUCUACGAUUUCAACAACGUUCUCGUACAAAAUCCCUGAAACAACGACAUAAGGAACUUCAAGAUGAGCAUGUACAAAGUCAGAAUAAUAAACCACAGACACUGCGGGAACGGUAUGCUGAGAUGAAGGAGCGAGAGGAAGUGACAGCUGGCAAUUUGGCUAGCUUGAUGAGGGCCAGACGUGGGACAGACUUUAAGUUAAUGAGGGACUCCACUCUCAACAAGAUGAACAGAUCUAGAAUGCUCAAGGGCACGGAAUCCAAGAUGUGGCACAAGCUGAAAAGACAAAGUAAAGAAGUCCUACAGCACUUUACCAUAUGGCUGAGUGUGUUCAAAGAAAUUGAAGGCUCAUACGGGACAGCCAUUAUGACUUACUUUCGCUUCAUAAAGUGGCUAAUGUUUCUCAACCUCUACAUCAUGAUAAUAAUGUUUGGGGUGAUCACAGUGCCACACCUAGCCCUAGGGCCCUAUGAAUUUCAGGAAUCUGUGAGCCCUGAGGUUGGGGGAUACCUAGAAUCUGUCAACUGUACACUGGACUACAUUGACUAUAACAUCAACUACACAAACUCAGAGUCCACGUUCGAGAAGGUCCUUGAUGUUCUACAGGGAACAGGUUGGAUGGAGAGGAAGCUGUUGUUUUAUGGAGUGUACUUCAACAAGACCUACAGUGUAGGAGAUGAUACAGAGGUCUACAAUAUGAGCCUAGCCUAUCUGCUGGCUGUGGGGGCUAGCUUCAUCAUCAGCUUCCUUCUUCUAGUAAAAAAUUCUGCCAAGAACGUGAAAGUGACCCUUGGAAUAGAGAAGACUGUAGCUCGGUACUGUAACAAAGUGUUUGGUGGCUGGGAUUAUUGUAUCAAGGAAGACCGGGGUGCAAACAUCAAAAGGGCAAACCUUAAGACUGAUAUAAAGGCUGACCUUCAGGAGCAGAGUCUCAAACUGAAGCUGUCCAAGCAGACGAUGAAGGACAAGUGCCAGCUGUACAUGAUUCGUUUGGUGAUCAACAUCCUAGUGCUUGCUCUCCUGGGGGGCGCCUGCUACCUUAUCGCCUUCACCACAGAGAAGAUGUUGGACUUAUUAAAGAAGGACCUGUCGGACAUCCUGGCCCUUUUUGUUCAGUAUGUGCCUUACAUAACCAUCACAGCUCUCAACCUUAUCCUCCCCAUUGUCUUCCAAAAGCUGGUUCAGUUUGAGCGAUACUUCCAUGAAAAUGAGAUCAAGAUCACAUUGACUAGAUCCAUAUUAUUGCGACUGGCCUCCCCAAUAGUUCUGAUAGCCAUCUUGUAUCAGCAACUGAUCGGGGUGGGUGGGGAAGAGGAUCUGGGGCGAUGUGGCAAUACUCGCUGGUCAACCAGCUCUGGAGGGACUGUCAAAGGCAGCGUCAAGUGUUGGGAGACCUAUGUUGGACAGCAGAUCUACAAGCUGGUAUUGUUAGACCUGAUUGUGGAGACCGGCAUCGUCAUAUUUGUACACCUACCCCGCAGAUUGGUAUUUAAUAGAUUUAGUUCAACAAGUAAGCUUAUCAAAAUUAUUGGAGCCCAGGAGUUCAGCGUUCCCAUCAAUGUGGUGGAUAUUAUCUACAGUCAGAUUCUCUGCUGGUUGGGUCUGUUCUUUAGUCCCAUCAUUCCAUUCAUGACGUUUGUCAAGUGCUUCCUCUUCUUCUAUAUCAGAAAGUUUUCCCUAACUAACAGCCGUAUAGAAGAUCGUCCCUUUAAGACGUCACGCUCCAACUCCCUGUUCAUGACCGUACUACUGCUGUCCUUUAUACUGGCUGCACUCCCCAUCGGUUACAUGAUUGGAACCAUCGCUCCUAGUCAGAGUUGUGGGCCUUUCCGAGUGUACAACAGCACCGAAAGUGUCAUGUUUGAUACUAUUACCAGCACCGUACAAAGAUGGCCGCCAGUGGCUCGUGACAUUUUCUACUUCCUGGGUACUGCAGGUUUUCUGGUUCCCCUUAUCAUCAUUCUGUGUCUCAUAAUGUAUUACUACUGGCUUCUUGGAUCAGGCUACAAGAGGACAGAAAAAUUGCUUCAGCAACAACUAGUUCUGGAGGGACGGGACAAAAACUAUCUCCUGGGACGAGUUAAAGAGUAUCAGCUCCUGCAGCCAAGGGAAGAUUCUGAGGAUGUGUUUGAUUUUCGACAGACUGAUGUACUAGCAGGCACCUAACAAUUGUAUUGACUCUGUGUUCUGUUAAAGGAGCAGUCUCAAAUAUACUCAGGGUAGGGUAAGAAUCGAGGUUACCUCACAUCUCCUGUCUACAAUUCUACCUAUACUUGUCUCAAUGCAACUUCUUCUGUUAUGUUGAAGGAUCUACAUUGAGUAUCAUAGGUGGUGUUAUUACUGUAGGCCACCUGGAAAGGAUUGGGGUUGUAGUACAACAUAUAAAGGUGUGCCUAUAAUUAAAUGUAUAGAGAUUAAUAUAAUUAAAUGUAUAGAGAUUUAUACUACAACAGGUGUCGGUGUGAAAGGUUUCUGUACAUAGUACAGUACAUUGUAUGUAGUAAAAGAGCUCAGAAACAAUACCUGUCAAGUAAGACCAGGUUGUUAUGUAUGCACACUCAUAAUGAUAAUUACAUAACAUAACCCAGUGCUACUCGGAGCUUACAUGUUAUUAAAUAUCAUUUGGUUCCCAUAGUAAGAUUCCAUUCACAUUCCCCUUGUAUCUUUUCAAUGACGGGAUCAGAAAGAGACCUGUUUGGCAUGCUUAAAAAACGUGCCAAUCAAAACCCUCAGUUAUUUCUGAUGUAGGCCAUUCUACAGCGAUUGGCUGUUGAAUAUUUCAUCAAUUGAAAUUAUGCUAUGAAAUUUAUGAUUAUCUAAUAUCAACAUGUCACUUGUUGUUAUACAUGUAUGGUGUCAACACUAAUUACAUGGUGUCACCACUAAUUACAUGGUGUUACCACUGGUUACAUGGUGUUACCACUGGUUACAUGUCACCACUAAUUACAUGGUGUUACCACUGGUUACAUGGUGUUACCACUGGUUACAUGCCACCACUAAUUACAUGGUGUUACCACUAGUUACAUGUCACCACUAAUUACAUGGUGUCACCACUAAUUACAUGGUGUAACCACUUGUUACAUGUCACCACUAAUUACAUGGUCUUACCACUGGUUCUAUGUCACCACUAAUUACAUGGUGUUACCACUGGUUACAUGUCACCACUCAUGUACAUGGUGUUACCACUGGUUACAUGUCACCACUAAUUACAUGGUGUUACCAAUGGUUACAUGUCACCACUAGUAACAUAGUGUGUUUCAUAUUACUGUCACUGAUCCAACACUUGUGUUUAUAAUGCCAUGUUAUAUAUGUGUAAUAUACAAAAGGACAUUUAUCUCAAAAUAUUUUUCAUAAUUUUGUUGUCCUUUUCAUUCUGUGAAACAAGACAAAGAAAGGUAGAGGACAGUUUUGCAAACUUGUUUUUAUGGAAAUAUAAUUAGAGUUAAAAUACACAUAAAUUUUGAAAAAUUCAACAAAAUAUAAAUAUAUAAUUAGAAUUGAAAAGAACUGUUUAUUCCAGAUAAAAGCCAAAGAUACUCAGAAUAUUACCGGCUAUAUAUGUAAUGUAAAACAUUGGAUCCUAUUUAAUGGUAGUCAGAUCACAGGAAAAUGAAUAUCCUUAUAAACAUGUUAGAAGUCAUGUUUGAUUGAUUGAUUGAUUGAUUGAUAGGUUUUACGUCCGCUUCACUACCGAGUUCGGUAAUCCAGCAGACGAAUAGUCAUGUCAUAGGAAACUGUUUAUGAACUUUCUACGGUUCUUUGAGGGGCAUUGGUUAGUCUGCAGUUCUGGUGUUGAUGAACCUCUUCUCACAAAGAGACAGUACAUGUGUUAUUUUUUACUUCCAAAUGUAUAUUUAUAUGUU